AUGAUUCUCACGAGUGAUGGCUGUGUCUAUGGAUGGGGUUAUAAUAAAUACGAACAGUUUGGUUGGGGAUCAGACAGUGAUAUACAAAAUGGAGACACAUUUCGAGUGAAUUUCAAUCCUAAUCACGAAAUAAAAAGAAUUUAUUGUAGUCCUUACUCUUCAUUUGCCAUCACAUCCGAGGGACAGGUGUUUAGUUGGGGUCUAAAUGAAUGGUAUAAUUUGGGACACAAUUCAUCCGAUAAUAUAUGGGAACCAAAACUCAUUGCAGACAUGACUGUUGUUUCGGAAGUGAAUGAAUACAAGAGUUUGUUCAAAGAGUUGCAUUCAUUAGGUUCGGGAGCUUUUGGGGAAGUGAUGACAAUUUCAGGGAAUGCGCGCAAGAAAUACAAAAAUUGA